UUUUGUUCGUGUCGGAGUUUUUUUUCGGUGCAUGGAUGGAGUCGUCCCCGCAGGAUUCGACGAGCGACCCGGGCAGAAGCGGCUCAGAGCCCGCUACGCCGCUCACGGAGACGCCGGUGAGCCUGGAGACUCUGCGGGGCGGAGAGCACCUGACUCCGGCUAGGAGACACAGCAGCACCGGCUCCUGCUCCUCCGGCUAUAGCAAAGGUUUGUCAGCAGCUGUGAAGAAGACACACACAUCUCAGAUUGAAAUCAUUCCCUGUAAGAUCUGUGGAGAUAAAUCAUCAGGGAUCCACUACGGAGUGAUCACCUGUGAGGGCUGUAAGGGUUUCUUCAGGCGGAGUCAGCAGAGCAACGCCACCUACUCGUGUCCUCGCCAGAAAAACUGUGUGAUCGACCGAACGAGCCGCAACCGCUGCCAGCACUGCCGUCUGCAGAAAUGUCUGGCUGUGGGCAUGUCCCGAGACGCUGUCAAGUUUGGUCGCAUGUCCAAGAAGCAGAGGGACAGUUUGUAUGCUGAGGUGCAAAAACAUCGCCUCCAGCAGCAGCAGCAGCAGCAGCGGCCCCUCCUUCUGUCUCACCCCAGCCUCGGCAGCCCGAGCCCGGGCGAGGCUGAGCGGCUGUCCCCUCACUACAGCCUCUCCUCCACAGGCCUCACGGAGCUGCCGGAUGAGCUGGGGGGCUACAUGGAACAAAACUCGCCUGAGGGAGGAUCAGUAUCGUCCAAGGCAGACUCUGGAGGAGGAGGAGAAGGAGGAGGAGAAGGUCGGGGGUUCUACCUGGACGUUCAGCCAUCCCCUGACCAGUCCGGACUUGAUAUUAAUGGCAUCAAACCAGAACCGCUGUGUGACUACGGAUCCAGUAAUGGCUUCUUCCCAUACUGCUCCUUCAGCGACGGAGACACAUCACCCACCUUGUCCAUGGCUGAACUUGAUCACCUAGCUCAGCUCAUCUCAAAGUCUCACCUGGAGACGUGUCAGUACCUGAGGGAGGAGCUGCAGCAGAUGAGUUGGCAGAACUUCCUCCAGGACGAGGUGGAGAGCUACCAGAGCAAGCCACAGGAGGUGAUGUGGCAGCUCUGUGCUGUAAAGAUCACUGAGGCCAUACAGUACGUGGUGGAGUUUGCCAAACGCAUCGAUGGAUUCAUGGAUCUCUGUCAAAAUGACCAGAUUGUGCUGCUAAAAGCUGGCUCUUUGGAAGUGGUCUUGGUCCGAAUGUGUCGACUGUUUGACUCGCAGAACAACACUGUCUACUUUGACGGCAAGUUUGCAGGUCCUGACGUCUUCAAAGCAUUAGGUUGUGAUGACUUGAUCACAUCAGUGUUUGACUUUGCGAAAAGCAUGUGUUCGCUGCAUCUGUCGGAAGAGGAGCUCGCUCUGUUUUCAGCAUUCAUCCUGCUGUCUGCAGACCGAUCAUGGCUGCAGGAGAAGCUACAGGUGGAGAAGCUGCAGCAGAAGACUCAACUGGCUCUUCAACAUGUCCUGCAGAAGAACCAGAGAGAGGACGGAGCACUAAACAAGCUCAGAUGUAAGGUGUCAGCAUUGCGUUCACUGUGCAGCCGACACACAGAGAAGCUGUCAGCAUUCAGAGCCGUUUACCCUGACAUCGUUCGGACACACUUUCCUCCUCUGUAUAAGGAGCUGUUUGGUGCCGACCUGGAGCUGACUCUGCAGAGCGAUGAUUAAAUGUUGACCAGGAACUCCACGGAGCUGCACAGAGCUGAGCUGCUGAUUCUGACGGACUGAGCCCAGUUUUCACGGCCAUGGAGGACGGGACGAUGACUGUCCUGAACAGCUGAGUCCACAGGAACAGAGAGAUCUGAACUCCUCAGUUCCCCUUUCUUCACCUGCUCCUCUUCCUCCUCCUCCUCUCAUGGCUCUGGGUUUGGAUGCAAUGAAGAAUCAGGUGGUGUCCCUCCACCUGCAUUAACACACAUCUUGUGUCCAGGAUCUGGACUUAUAUUCACGCCUGACAUUGAAAGACACCUUCGGUAUUCACACUGAAACCUGCUUCUGUUUGUCCUUCACCAGACUGUCACCAUAUCACCUCUUCUUCUGACAGUUACUUCACAUCUGAGCGCCGCUUACACCAAAAAUUGUCACAGAAAAUACAUCUGUAUGUCCUCGAGAAACACAAUUAGCUGGAAGUUUGGUGAUGUUUUGACCCCCAGAGGUUAAUUCAUGACCUAUUGUGGGAAGUGCACCAGCUAGUAACAUGCCACCUGCUAUCCUGCCAAAAUACAUCACCAAGCUAAUUAGCUCAGCUGCUAACCAGACAAAAGUAAACACAAUUUUUGUGCAGCAGUUUGUACUCAGAGCAAAGCAGGGUUUUAUAAAACUGGAUGGUGCAAGAAGCUAAGAUGAUAGCUUCCUUUGCUUUUAUCUCUCCAGCUCUUCUUUUCUUCAAAGGUUAAUACUGAUAAGGCAGUUUACAAAUGUACAAUGCAGCAAAUUUGCUGUUUGUUUAUAAAUGGGUGUAUCAUUUGUAUCAUAUUCCCUCUGCUUUUCACUGCACUAUUCCAUAAACACAUGUCUUUUGAAUCAUUUUAGACACAUUUCCCAAAAUUCAAUCUGACAGAUUUGACAUCUUUGGAACUUUGCAUUCUUUUAAAAGUUAAGUUUUGUGGGUUUAAGUCAAAGGCUGUAUAUAAAGAUGGGUGAUGUAUCUCCUUGUACUCCCACUCUACAAAAGUAAAGCUGAAACAUUCCAGACAUGGUUGCUGCCAUCUUGCACUGCUGACAUUAUUUGGAGCCAGUCUGUGAUUUAGUGACCUCUGCGGUAUCAAGUUCCCACCCGAACACUAGUCCGACCAGUUUUGCCCAUGUCCCAUCAACUAACAUCCCCACUUUUGGGGAGCUGUCAUGUUGUCCAUCUUUCUACAAAGUCCAUAGUUUGAAUAGUGUUUUAUGUACUCUCCAGUUAAGAAAUUUUUCCAGAAUUCCAGAAGUCCACUUGCCUUCAACUCAGCCUGUAGAGAUAGAAUUUCCAAAAUUUUCCAACAAUAACUGAGAAUUAAUGUGUGUUUGCGGCAGGUGAUUUGAUGUGACUGCUGAAACCUGGGGAAACAAGAAAAGAGCACAGACCUGUUCUGCUACGAUGGUAGAUCGCUGCAUUUAUUUGACUUUGACUGCAGGGUGAUUUGGUCUGCUGCCGUUUGUAUCUUGACAUGUUAAGGCUUUCUGAUGGCCUCUAAAGAUAAAAAGACAAUAUCCUUCCUUCAUCCUCCCUUUUGAUAUCCAAUAUAUACCUCCUUACAUCAUUCAUAAAGCAUUCAUAAAAAAAAAAAAAAACAGCAAAAUUCAUCGGCUGGAAUGGUUCUGUUUACUGCUGCAUUCAAACUGUAAAGUUUCCUCUGUUUGUUCAGUUCGUCAGGAAGGUUAAAAUGAGGUCAGCUGGUCUGUUGUCUGUUUUCGUCUCAACAUCUGUUGAUGCACCACUCAGGUUAAUGCAAAAAGUGGAUGUCCUGUCAGACUCACCACAGACAGAGCUUGAUAAUGAACUAGACAGCAGAAAUCCAUCCAUCCAUCCAUCCAUCCAUCCAUCCAUCCAUCCAUAUCUGCUUCUCCAGGGCCGGGUCAUGGGGGCAACAGCUCCUCCUGGGGGAUCCCAAGGCGUUCCCUGGCCAGAUGAGAUAAAUAAUCCCUCUAGUAUGUUCUAGGUCUGCCCUGGGGCCUCUUAUCAGUUGGAUGUGCCCAAAAAACCUCUAACAGGAGACGCCCAGGCGGCAUUCUGAUCAGUGCCCCGAACCACUUCAGCCGGCCUUUUUCGACCUGAAGGAGCAGUGGCUUUAACUCCAAGCUCCCUCUGGAUGUCUGAGCUCCUCACCCUAUCUUUAAGGCUGAGCCCAGCCGUUAUUUCGAUUUCUACCCAGGCUCAUGACCAAUAGAUGAGGGUUGAGACAUAGAUGGACUAGUAAAUCAAGAGCUUUGCCUUCUGGCUCAGCUCCCUCUUAACUACAACAUGCGGGUGCACUGCCAACAUAAAUGCAGACGCUGUGCCAAAUGGCCUAUCCAUCUCACGCUUCAUUUUACCUUCACUUGUAAACAAGAGCCCAAGAUACGUGAACACUUUUACAUUAGUGCAGCACAGGGAAAUCCUCUUUUUUCCGUGCAGAAACUCAUGAGUCAUCAUUCAUGAGAUCUGGUUAGUUUUGUUGUGUAUAACAGAAGUUGUUUGGUCCUCCAUGACGUCAUUCCUCCUCCUCCUCCUCCUCCUGCCUGUCAUCUUCCCAGCAUUUUCUUCUUCCUCUGGUUACAUCCACAUUGAGCUUGCAGAUAGCAGCAUCAGACACAGAGCAGCCAAUUCCUUCUAAUGUAGCAGUUAGCACGUAGCACCAUCUAGUGGUCCUGACAGGAAGGUGCAGGUUCUCUGACUUCUCAUGUCACUUUGUCUGCAGCAGUUACAGUUGGGAUUUGAUGCCAUCAAAGUAAAUGUGAAUCUAAUCCACUUACCCACUUUGAAUCCUUACAAAUCCCCAUCGAAUCUAACUAGGUUUAUCUUUCACUAUUGGAAAGUAAACAUUGUUCAGAAAAAAUUAAAGGGGGCCUAUUAUUCUUAUGCACUUCUUGUGUCUUACAUAUGAAGGAUGUUCGUAUUAAACUUGGCCAAAGUUUUAGAUAAUGAGGUAAACAUAUAUAAAAGUAAUCCCUGAAAGCAAAAGCCUCAGGCUUCAGACCACUCUGAACACUUCAUUUCCAACAUUCUUUUUUAGUCUGGCAACAGUAUGACAUCAUGCGUGCAGAUUUCUUUAUAUGGUUAUCUGUUCCAGGUAUGCUACUGCAGGUGUUUACAUUACGUAGCCUAUGCUGCUAAAUAAAGCUACAUGCUAACAUCAGGGAAACAUCUAGGCUGUGUCCAAAAUCACUCACUACUCAAUAUAUAGUCGACUAUAUAGUGACUUUACCAUUUUGUAGUGCUGUCCGUCCGUAUUUUGGGAAUUAUUAUUCCCUAUAUAUUGGACUCAAUGUAUCCCACAAUGCACCAUGAAAAGUAGUGCACAACCGAUGGUUACUUACCAAGCAAUAUCCCGUCGUGCAUUGUGCCAAAGAAAGGGAUGGACUGCAUGGGGCGGACACAGAGAUGGAUGAGAGGAGAGAAAGCAGCUCGAUAUCAACCUGCUCUCCAAAAUGACAUGUUAACGUUUGUUUUACAGGUUUUUCUUUGUCAUGUAAUAAACUGUCGGUUUAAUGUGUAGCUGUUAGUACCCAAAGAGAUAAAAAUAAAUAGUAAACUGAUCUUCUCUUGUGCUUAACAGUUACUGUACAGAGUAGGGCUAAUGAUGAUAGCUAAUGUUAGCAAGCUAGGUCGCUACUAGUUCUAAUUUGUGCUGUAAUGGUGUAAUGUAUAAUGUUAGCCAUUAAAUAGUUAUGACAUGACUGACUGGUAACACAAACUGCAACACAACAAAGAUUAAAUAGAAGAUUUCUUACAUUAGUAGGACAGUUUCCAAUCGCGCUGCUCUCGCUUUUCUUGUCUGUCUGCCAGUGUAAUAUUAUUAAUAUGUUUAAUGUGAGCAGAGCAGAGUAUCUCAACACAACACAAACAGCCACAAAGUUCUUUGUAACAUUAUUUAUUCAUUUGGGGAAAAUAUGCUUGGUAUAAUAUCAUGUUUUUGUCACAAAUAUGCAUGUCAGUAUUUGUUAUGGAUGCUUCACCAGCCAACAUUUACAUGACAUUUUAAUUUUGUGACAACAAUGACGUACUUAACAGCUCUUAGAAAAUGACCUGAGUAGUGUCUGAAAAUGUCUUUUCAUGUUGCAGGUGAGCUCACUAUAUGAUACUCUACAUAAAACUCCUUAUAUAGUGAGUAGGAAGUAGUGAAUGAUUUUGGACAGCCAUAAUCUUGGUUGCUGAUGUUGUUAAUAUCUGGUUGUGUUUAGUUUUAGCCUUUUUUGACCAUUAAAGCAUGUAAACAUGUUAUAGUAGAAACAUCAAAUUCAAGUAUGAACCUGAAAAUGAGUAUAAUAGGUCUUCUUUAAACAUUGAGAUGAAACCAGGUGGCUGAGAAGGCAAAAACAGUUUUGACUGUCAGUCUAAUUACUGCUGAUAAACCUGCAGCUAUGGCCUAAAAAAUUUAAGAAGGAGCAGAAGCUAUGAAUUGUUAAUGUAUGAGUCAGUUGUCUGUAUUAUUGCCAACAAACCCCAUGCACAGAGCCAAACCACCAACAUGUUAGUUUGUCUCUUAAUAGUGUCUGACCUUCUGUCUGUGGCUCUAAGCCCACUACUACUAUCAUUAUUUUGAAAAAGGCUCAGUAAUUUCCUAAAACAGCUGGACACUGUAACUGAUAUCAAACAAAUGACAGUAAUUACUAAUUUCAUUGGCAGAUUAACAAUUCCUGGAAUGAGACAAAUCAAAUAAAGAUUUAUCACUCUUUGGUUGAA